AUGUCGAGCACAACUACCCUCAGUCAAGUCAUUUCUACUUCCGCGCCCUCGUCAGAAGCGCAAUGGCGUGGCAAGCUGCGAUACAUUCCACCGGGUCAAACACCGACUCCGUCUCCUCACAACUUUCACCUCCCCGCCAUGGCAGAGUUCGGCGACGUGCGGCUCCAAGCACUAAUAGACAUGCGACCUGUGCCCACCAUUGCUGAGCUGAGGAAUGCAAGAGAAGGGACAGCCCAACUCGCCACUCAUGGCUUCACGGCCAUCCGUCACCCGACCACCAUGAAUUCUCCACCGUACAGCCCUGCAAGCUGGAAAGACCCCAAGCUCCUCAAGCAACUGUAUGUUCCCGAGACGGAAGAGAUGGUCAAGCAAGUCACUGGAGCCAAAACAGUCAUCACCGAAGCCCUUCUCCUCCGCAGCGCUAUCUGGUCGGAAGCAGAUGCUCUGGCGACGCACGCCGGGCACGGCGAUCAGGAGGGAGGUGAGGUCAAGCCGGCCGAGAAGAGUCAGGAGGAAAAGGAUCUCGAACUUGGGUUUCCCCAGUUUAUUGGAUUCUCCCCCCAACAUGGCGGCGCGUCUCCGGCGCCGAAAGUCCAUCUUGACUACGCCCCCAACGGCGCGAGGACCCAUCUCCGGAAGUAUCACCCGACCAUGACAGCCGUUGCGAAGCCCAUCAUCGAGGCGGAGGAGAAACUCCUUGCCGAGGGCAAGUCUCUCCGUGACGAAUACGCGUCGUCUGGCCUUGGACCACGGUGGGCGCUGUAUUCCAUCUGGCGACCUCUGAAACGUGUCCGACGGGACCCCCUGGCACUCGGCGACGCUCGAACAUUUCUCGAGAGUGAUUACGUGCCUGUCAUUGUCAAGACCCCCAACCUCGGCGUCUCGGAGGAGUCCAAGGAAACGCAUGACACCGAGUCCUACCUGGCGCGAUGGUCCAGUGGUCAGAAGUGGUACUUUAUCUCGGAGCAAGAGCCCGAGGAAGUGCUGGUGAUUGGCUUGUUCGACAGUGAGAGGGAUAAAGAGACGGUCGCGGCCGGAGGGACCCUGCACAGUAGCGUGGAUCUGGAGGGCACCGAGGACGAGGAAGCCCGGGAGAGUAUAGAGCUGAGAUGCCUCGCAACUUGGUAG